ACUAGCACCUUGCUCGGUUAGGAUAGCAACCGAGAGGCUGUACUGGACAAACUGCAAAUUUAGCCACGAUGUUGGUUUGGAACGCACAAGAGAGCUUGGAUCGAACCUAUGUAUAAGUAGGAAGUGUAGUUCCGUUGAAGCAUCACACUCUCUCAUCAUCACAACAAACAACCAUCACAACAACACAACUACUCUCUCACACCUUUAAUACUCACUCUUCCCUCUUCGACAACUACUUCCAUUGAAGUAUUAAUUACUCACUACAAUCUCUUCUCCGCAUCUUCUCUUCACCCCACAAACUUCAAAAUGUACGCUUCCAGCAUCUUCACCAUCUUGGCCGCUGCCGUCGCCAGCGUGUCUGCUGUUCCCACUCCUACUGAGGGCAACAUGCUUCCUUCUCGCACUUUCCUCACUGGUGUGACCCACUCCGUCGUUGUUGGACGCGGUGGACUUCACUUCGACCCUGAGAACGUUGUUGCCCAGAUCGGUGACACUGUUGAGUGGCACUUCACUGCCGCCAACCACUCCCUGGCUCAGUCCGACUUUGCUCAUCCUUGCAAGCCCCUUGCCGAUGGCACUGGCUUCUUUGCCGGCUUCAACUUUGUCACUGCCGAGGGCCAGAACCCCAACGUCUACCAGAUCACCGUCGUCGACAACUCUCCCAUCUGGUACUACUGCCCUCAGACAAAGGGCAACCACUGCCAAACGGGGCCCAUGUUGGGAGUCAUUAAUCAAGAUUUUUCGAGCGACAAGACACUUAACAACCAGAAGACCAUCGCAGCUGGUACUGGCGUCAGUAUUGUGCCUCCUACGAUCCAAGGGGGAAAAGUUGGCGGCUUCCAACGAGCCAACCCGAACCCUCUUAGCGGCUUUUAAGCUGUGAGAUUUUCUUUUAUGGCAUAUACCUUUUCCUUACUCACCGGCGAAUGCGGUUUGGAUGUCGAUUAUGGGCGUCGUUUCGGCAGCAGCGUGUUAUUGCUUUCAGUUACAUAGACUAGACUUUCUCUAAGAUACCUAUAUACACCACUUCAUCAAGCAUACAUUGACC